AUGGAUUUUAAAUGUAAUAGUGUGAUUGCUUUAUAUUUAGCUGGAAAAUCACAACCAGCGAUUGUUUCUCGUUACAAUAAUACUGGUAACAUCGCAAAACGUCAUGGAGGUGGUCAUAAAAAUACUGAAACGUCACGUGAGAUGGUUCAAAAAGUGAAGAAGCGACUUGAGCGAAAUCCCCGAGGAAUAGCCAAUCAAAUGACAAAAGAACUGAAAAUAUUCGACCGUAGCAUUCGCCGCAUUCCGAACAUUGUGUUUUCUGAUGAGAAAAUUUUUCCAAUUGAGCAAUUCCUAAACUCUGAAAGCGAUAGGGUUUACUUGACCGACCGUUCAUAUGAGAAUUUGAGUCAUCGAUUGGCCACCAGGAGACAGCACCAGCAACAGAUAAUGGUUUGGGCCGCUGUAACCGCAGAUGGGUGCUCUCCAAUCGUUUUCAUCGAGUCUGGCAUCAAGAUGACCAGAGGAAAGACAAUAAUGGAAAGCCCUAUACCAAACAGCCACCAAGUUAAAAGAUGCGGCAUUAACGUGUUUCUUGAGGGUAGCAGUAUUAUGCUCGAGGACCGUCAGCUCUUUCCCCUGGAGGUCGAAUCUCUGGAAAAUCCCGGAAAAGCUUAUGUCUAA